AUGGCGCCGCUCGAGCGGAAGCGUCCAGCAGAGGACGACGAUGAGAGCAAUCUGAAGCAAAUGAAAUACUCGCGACACCAACCAGAAAAUACGGUAUUUCCACAGCGUCCACCAGGAAAGUCGGACGUUCCAAAUGAGACUUUUCAGAGCUCAAGUUCCCGCGAAGACUACUCUGGUGAUCGUGAUGAUUCUUCGCGGGAUACACAAGUUUCUCUUCGCUUUUCUGUCGCAGCGCCAAGUUCCUUACGUGACAGCACUCAGAGGAUUGGAGAUGGCAAAAAAGAGGUCGAGGAGGACAGCUAUUUUUUUGUCGACACAGCAGGCGAGGACAGUCUUGAAGGCCGCAGAGAGGAGGCUUCGAAAGAAGAUGGCAAGGAUCUUACCGAGAAUGACAGCGAGCGUGGAGGUGAGGUAAGCAUUAAGACUGAGAGCGAGCACAGCGACAUGAGUCUGAACAAUAACACAAACCAUAUGCCUGAACGCGCACGACGUCAGCUUACCGAAGCCCAGAUUUGCAAGCCGCUGUUUGUCCCUACCAAAGGCAGCUCCAUCAACCGACAUGACGACGUCACGGCAGUCGACCCGCCACGCGAAGACCUUACCUUGCAGUUCAAGAUGCCUCAAAAAGGCGACAGGGGCGGGCAGUCAGUUGAGGAAGCCGCAGAACAGGUCUCAGAGGACCUGUCUAGUGGAAUGGGAAGCGAAGGCUUCACUCACGUGUCUCUCUACUACCAGGCCACCUGGACGGCACGUUACACUUCUCCGGCCUCCGCAGAUGCUGCAAAGGGUCGGAGAUUGCGCCUCGGAUACUCUGGGUAUUCUGCCGACCUACAGGCCUUCCGACCAUGGGACAACUACAAGCCGCCAAUUGGAGCCAAAGCCUUCCUUUGCCGUGCCGUGCCGCUGGAUGUUAGUCGGACUGUUCUUGCGCGAGAGCUGAUGGGGCGGUUUCCAGAGUCGACCAUUCGUUUCAAGAUGCCGUGCCCCUUCGACCCACGCGAAUUCCGUGCAAGGGAUGGGCGCUGCAUGAUAUUGGAGUUCGAGAAGCCAACAGAUAUCAUCCACAUCUUCUGUCCGCUGUCCAAGGAUUGCGGAUCUAAGGUUGACUGGACGGCCAGAUUUCACACGUACGUAAAAAGGGAGAUGUGCAUGGUGUGCAGCGACGCUCAACACCGCUUCGCCGAGUGCCCGGAAAUGCGGGCGAUGCACAUCGGUCAUUGA